UCCCCAUGCAUGCUAUCAACACAUUGCAUGCUGCUGACUGCUAGCAUAUUCACAACAUGACAGUAUGCUGGCUAUUUCUGUAGCUUAGCAUCCUGCAAUGAGGACAACAUAACAAUUUACUUUCGUGUAAUAUUAUUAAUGUAGUAGAAGCAGCUAAAAUGGUGAAGGAGCAGUUCAGAGAGACAGAUGUGGCCAAAAAAAUAAGCCACAUCUGCUUCGGCAUGAAAUCUGCUGAGCAGAUGCGGCAGCAGGCCCACAUCCAGGUGGUCAGUAAAAAUCUCUACAGCCAGGACACCAAACACACUCCACUGGCCUAUGGAGUGUUGGACCACCGUAUGGGCACCAGUGAGAAAGACAGACCGUGCCUGACAUGUGGGAAGAAUCUGGCAGAUUGUUUAGGACAUUAUGGCUACCUGGAUCUUGAGCUGCCCUGUUUUCAUGUUGGUUAUUUCAAAGCCACGAUAGGAAUCUUACAGAUGAUUUGUAAGACAUGUUCAAGGAUAAUGCUGACGAAAGAAGAGAAGCUGCAGUUCAUGGAUCACUUGAAACGGCCUAACCUGGCCUACCUCCAGAAACGUGGGCUGAAGAAGAAAAUCUCUGAUAAAUGCCGCAAAAGGACAGUCUGUCUAAAUUGUUCUGCUUUCAAUGGACCAGUCAAAAAGUGUGGCCUACUUAAGAUCAUCCAUGAGAAGUAUAAGACGACCAAGAAAGUGGUGGAUGCUUUUGUGUCAGAUUUCUUGCAGUCCUUUGAUAUUGCCAUUGAACACAACAAACUGGUUGAACCACUGCUGACCAGAGCACAGGAAAACCUGAAUCCUCUGGUGGUGCUGAACCUGUUCAGGAGGAUUCCUGAUGAGGACAUCCCUCUGCUGCUGAUGAACCCCGAAGCAGGGAAACCCGCAGACCUUAUCAUCACCCGUCUCCUUGUGCCUCCUCUUUGCAUCCGACCGUCUGUUGUCAGCGACCUCAAGUCUGGCACCAAUGAAGACGACCUCACUAUGAAGCUAACAGAGAUAAUCUUCCUUAACGAUGUCAUUAAAAAGCAUCGUAUGACAGGAGCAAAAACCCAGAUGAUCAUGGAGGACUGGGACUUCCUCCAGCUGCAGUGUGCCCUUUACAUUAAUAGUGAACUUUCUGGUAUCCCCCUCAAUAUGGCACCUAAAAAGUGGACUAGGGGCUUUGUGCAGAGGCUCAAGGGAAAGCAAGGUCGAUUCAGAGGAAACCUCUCUGGCAAAAGAGUGGACUUCUCUGGCAGAACUGUCAUUUCUCCAGACCCAAACCUGAGGAUUGAUGAGGUGGCUGUCCCUGUGCAUGUGGCCAAAAUCCUGACAUACCCAGAGAGGGUAAACAAAGCCAAUCUGGAGCUAAUGAGGAAACUGGUCCGUAAUGGUCCUGAUGUUCACCCUGGAGCCAACUUCAUACAGAACAGACACACUCAGAUAAAAAGGUUUUUAAAAUAUGGAAACCGUGAAAAGAUUGCCCAGGAACUGAGGAUUGGUGAUUUGGUGGAAAGGCACCUAAUAGAUGGAGACAUCGUCCUCUUCAAUCGACAGCCUUCUCUGCACAAACUCAGCAUCAUGGCUCACAUUGCCAGGGUCAAACCUCACAGGACAUUUCGGUUUAACGAGUGUGUGUGCACGCCAUACAACGCUGACUUUGACGGGGACGAAAUGAAUCUCCAUCUACCUCAAACUGAAGAAGCUAAAGCUGAGGCUCUUAUCCUCAUGGGGACCAAAGCUAAUCUUGUCACUCCAAGAAAUGGCGAACCCCUGAUUGCUGCUAUUCAGGACUUCCUGACAGGUGCUUACCUCUUGACGCUGAAGGACACCUUCUUUGACAGAUCAAAAGCCUGCCAAAUAGUAGCGUCAAUCCUUGUGGGUAAAGAUGAAAGAGUUAGGAUCUCUCUCCCUCACCCGGCCAUAAUAAAGCCCAUGGCUCUGUGGACAGGAAAGCAAAUCUUCAGCCUAAUCCUGAAGCCAAGUAAGGAAUGUCCAGUCAAUGCCAACCUACGCACCAAGGGCAAACAGUACUGCGGCAAGGGAGAGGACCUUUGUUACAAUGAUUCGUUUGUGGUGAUUCACAACAGUGAGCUGAUGUGUGGUAGCAUGGAUAAGGGCACCUUGGGAUCUGGCUCGAAGAAUAACAUUUUCUACAUCCUGCUGAGGGACUGGGGACAGCUGGAGGCUGCCAACGCCAUGUCUCGCUUGGCAAGACUUGCUCCUGUGUAUCUCUCAAACAGGGGUUUCUCUAUUGGAAUCGGGGAUGUUACACCAGGCCAGGGUCUGCUGAAGGCUAAGCAGGACCUGUUGGAUGAUGGCUACAAGAAGUGUGACGAAUACAUCGAAGCUUUGGACACGGGCAAGUUGCAGCAGCAGCCAGGCUGCACAGCAGAAGAAACCCUGGAGGCUCUCAUCUUGAAAGAGCUGUCUGUCAUCAGAGACCGAGCUGGUAGUGCCUGUCUAAGGGAGCUGGACAAGAGCAACAGCCCUCUAAUUAUGGCUCUCUGUGGGUCCAAAGGAUCCUUCAUUAAUAUAUCUCAGAUGAUUGCCUGUGUGGGCCAGCAGGCCAUAAGCGGCUCUCGAGUACCUAAUGGGUUUGAGAAUCGCUCCCUGCCUCACUUUGAAAAACACUCAAAACUGCCUGCUGCUAAAGGGUUCGUGGCCGACAGCUUCUAUUCUGGUUUGACGCCCACAGAGUUCUUCUUCCACACCAUGGCUGGUCGAGAGGGUCUGGUGGACACUGCGGUGAAAACUGCAGAGACUGGGUACAUGCAGAGGCGUCUGGUGAAGUCUCUGGAGGAUUUGUGCUCACAGUAUGACCUCACAGUACGCAGUUCAACAGGCGACAUCAUCCAGUUCAUUUAUGGUGGUGAUGGCCUGGACCCCGCUGCAAUGGAGGGGAAGGAUGAGCCGCUGGAGUUUAAGAGAGUCCUGGACAACAUUCGGGCGGUCUACACGUGUCCAGAUGAGCCUGCUUUAAUCAAAUACAGAGACAUGCUGUCAUCCAAACCCAAAGCCAGCUGCAUGCAGUUAAUGGGUUUUCUGAUGGUAACAAACAUGACUCUUUUCCCUUUUAUGAAGGAAUUAACUGACACAGGCGCAGAGAAGUACCUGGAGGAGAUAAAGAAAUUCAUUAAGAGCGUUUCAGAAAGGAUCAAGAAGACUAGAGACAAGUACGGCAUCAAUGAUAAUGGGACUAGUGAGCCAAAGGUUCUUUAUCAGCUGGAUCGUGUAACUCCUACCCAGCUGGAGAAGUUUCUUGAAACCUGCAGAGACAAAUACAUGAGAGCUCAGAUGGAGCCAGGAUCAGCAGUUGGGGCCCUUUGUGCCCAGAGCAUUGGAGAGCCGGGUACUCAAAUGACACUAAAAACCUUUCACUUUGCCGGUGUUGCAUCAAUGAAUAUCACUCUAGGAGUGCCUCGCAUCAAAGAAAUCAUCAACGCCUCCAAGAACAUCAGUACUCCUAUAAUCACGGCUCAUUUGGAUGUGGAAGAUGAUGCUGACUUUGCCAGGCUGGUGAAGGGGAGAAUUGAGAAGACUCUUCUAGGAGAGAUUUCUGAGUACAUAGAAGAGGUUUUCCUUCCAGAUGACUGUUUCAUCUUGGUGAAGCUGUCACUGGAGAGAAUAAGACUGCUGCGACUGGAGGUAAAUGCAGAAACGGUGCGUUACUCCAUCUGCAUGUCUAAACUGCGAGUCAAACCGGCAGACAUCGCUGUACACGGGGAGGCGGUGGUGUGCGUGUCUCCUCGAGAGAACAGCAAAAGCUCCAUGUACUAUGUGCUGCAGUCACUAAAGGCAGAACUUCCCAAGGUGGUGGUUCAAGGGAUACCGGAGGUUGCCCGAGCUGUCAUUCAUAUUGACGAACAGAGCAGCAAGAGUAAGUACAAACUCCUGGUGGAGGGGGACAACCUGAGAGCGGUUAUGGCAACACAUGGCGUGAACGGAAGUAGGACCACUUCAAACAAUACUUAUGAGGUCGAGAAGACCUUGGGCAUUGAGGCUGCUAGAUCCACAAUCAUAAACGAGAUUCAGUACACCAUGGUGAACCACGGAAUGAGCAUUGACCGACGUCACGUCAUGCUUCUUGCAGAUCUCAUGUCCUAUAAGGGUGAGAUCCUGGGAAUCACCAGGUUUGGUUUAGCAAAAAUGAAGGAGAGUGUCCUCAUGCUGGCUUCUUUUGAGAAGACAGCCGAUCAUCUUUUUGAUGCUGCCUAUUUUGGACAAAAGGACUCAGUUUGUGGUGUGUCUGAGUGUAUCAUCAUGGGGAUUCCAAUGAAUAUUGGAACAGGACUAUUUAAACUGCUUCACAAGGCUGACAGAGAUCCCUCUCCAGUCAAAAGGCCUCUCCUCUUUGACAGUCCAGACUUCCAUUUACCUUUGAUCACAUAGCAUCAAAUGACAAAACAGCAGGGAUGUUUCAAGGUUGUUGUUUUUUUUCAUAGCUGACAAAUAUUAUCUUCAACUAGUACAUAAGUGCCUGCCAAUGUGUCACAUCAUUUUCUGUUUGGGGAUUUAACAGAAAAUGGGAUUGCGUAUUUUUGUUGGUUGAUAAACUGUGAGAAGACUGAAUUUCAUUUUAAAAAGCUAGCAGCGCUCCAGAUAGAAUUACUUAUUUAAGUUAAAUUUUGGGUAACAGCAAAAAAAAAAAGCAAACAUUUAAACUUUAAAGUCAUAAUCUUGUGUUACUGCACUGAUCACACUGUGAAAAACAUUGUUAUAAACAGGUGUCUUGCUAACAUGAGAAAGAUUACCUCUUAAUUAUGAAACAGAAUGGAUUUCUUCUGUGCUGGUACUUAGUUUUGCAUAAUGUGUGAACUGCUUGCAUCUUAGCGUUGCAGCUUCUCCCACAUGGCAAAGCUCAUAUUUGGUUGUUUGACAUUUUUAUUGGGUUUAUUUUUUCUUCAACAUUCAGUUCAAGAGAAGUUCAGUUUGUUCAUCUUUUUACAUCUUGUAAGAAACCUGUUCUUAUAAUAAUGUAAAUAAUGUAAUAAAUAAAUUACUCAAAGCCAUGUUCUUUGGUAUUUACAG